CAAAUACUUCAUCCCGCUCUGAGAACCAACACAAUGGCUGUAUUCCCGAUAGUGUUGUUUCUGGCUGCUGUGCUGCUUCCAUCUUUACCCACAGAAGCAAAGGAUCCAUCCUUUACUGCUUUGUUAACCACUCAAACUCAAAUCCAAAAAGAGAUUGUAAAUAAACAUAAUGAAUUAAGGAAAUCAGUUUCUCCACCUGCCAGCAACAUGCUGAAGAUGGAAUGGAACAGAGAAACAGCAGCAAAUGCCCAAAAAUGGGCAAACAAGUGCACUUUAGAACACAGCAAUGCAGAAGACCGAAAAACCAGUACAAAAUGUGGUGAGAAUCUCUAUAUGUCAAGUGACCCUGCUUCCUGGUCAAAUGCGAUCCAAAACUGGUAUGAGGAACGCAAUAAUUUUGUCUAUGGUGUAGGACCUAAGAGUUCCAGUUCAGUUGUUGGACAUUACACCCAGCUUGUCUGGUACUCCUCUUUCCACGUUGGAUGUGGAAUUGCCUAUUGUCCCAAUCAAGAAAGUUUAAAAUACUACUAUGUUUGCCAAUAUUGUCCUGCCGGUAACAAUGUGAGUAAAAAGAAUACCCCUUACCAGCAAGGAACACCUUGUGCCAGUUGCCCUGGUAACUGUGAGGAUGGACUAUGCACCAAUAGUUGCGAGUAUGAAGAUCUCCUUAGUAACUGUGAUUCCUUGAAGACAACAGCCGGCUGUGGACAUGAAUUGCUUCAGGAAAAGUGCAAGGCUACUUGCCUGUGUGAAAACAAAAUUUACUGA